AUGUUUGAAGCUCAAAGUUCUUAUAACAAUUUUGACAAACAUAUGAAUUAUAAAAUAGCACUGCAUUUGAAAAAUGAUAAUAGCUUUGCUUUACCGUCUAUCGAAUAUGUUACAGAUAUCUUGCCUGUAUUUUUUGAAAAUAUUUAUAAAGGUAUAAGUAGAAGCGUCUAUGAAGGUGCAAGUGGAAGCAUUUAUGAAAGAGUAAAUGAAGAUGUUUACGAAUGUGUAAGUGGAAGCGUUUAUAAAGGUGUAAUUGGAAGUAUUUAUGAAGAUGUGAGUGAAAGCAUUUAUAAAAGUGUAAAUGGAAGCAUUUAUGAAAGUGUAAAUAGAAGCGUUUAUGAAGGUGUAAGUGAAAGUAUUGAAGACAACAUAUUUGAUAAUUUUGAAAAUGAGCCCAUAACCAAAAGUGUUGAAAAUGACAUAACUGAAGGUG